UAUUUUACCGGCGCACUUCCCGUUCACUGUUCAGCAGUACAUUAUAGUCACGAGUUGCACUUGGAUCUGCUACGCAGGCAAACACGAUGGACUGCAUCAUGUUCAUGUUCCUCGUCUUCUUAAUGUACCCAGGUGGAGAAGUGCAGUGCACGACCCCUGGUGCAAGUGUUACUACCAAUGUUCCAACACAGCAGCCGUCUACUAAUGUAGUAACAAGCAUGAGUACUACCGUCGGUAUUACCUCAGGCUCUACCGCAGCGGCCGGUAAUACCUCAGGGAGCACUGCCUCAGGGAGCACUGCCUCACGGAGCACUGAUGGUGUUACAGCUACCCAAGGUCCUGUUAUUCCCAGAUUCCAAGUGAAGACAUCAGCAGGCGAUGUGUGUAUGUUACUGGUGUUCAAUGCUACCAUCAAACUCAGUUAUCUGACUACGGAUUUCGACCGUCGAUACAACACACUGCCGGUAACCGACGCUGCGGAUUAUGAGGGCUCUUGCGAGGGUGAUGGUCCGAGGAAUUUCACUUUGUGGUAUCCAUCCAAGGAUCGAUACUGCGUCUCCUGGACCUUAUCCUUCCCUGAAGCAACAGACACGACCUAUUUCAAUAACAACACGGUGAUUUUUCACUAUAUUGGGUCUUGCUUUGAGCCAGAUGCCGGCUUUUAUAAUAAGACACGCACAGCCAACACAUGGGACCCCACAUACGAGGGUACAAUCGGCAAAACCUAUAAGUGUGAUUCAUUGAGAGUUCCAGGUGCAUCCACAUCACAGUUCAUCAUGGAAAACGUCAUGUUCCAACCGUUUGCCGACAAAUCGUCUGACAAGGGACAUUUUGGCGAGGUGGAGACCUGUCCCGAGGUGACGGCUCCCCCGCCCACGACGACCAAGAAGCCCUUCCCAACACUGCCAAGUCCUUUCGACACAAACUGGAUCAUCGGAAUAGUGAUAGGGUGCUUGGGGGUCAUCAUCAGCGUCAUCGUCCUAGUUGCCGCUAUCAUGACGAAGCGGAAGAGGUCACGGGUUCCGUAUGCGAACAUCCAAUGAAAUCACCACUCACGAAGUUCGUUGUCGCUAAAUAUGCAACUGACACCUAACACUCCAAGGCACAAUGAUAAUCGGAAAGAUUCUACUUAUUCAUGACUGCAUGUGAGACAUUACAUGAUAGUGUUCUCGAAUCAGCAUUGAUAGAUUAACACUUUCAUUAGGUGAAGCUUUUGCUAUACGCCAUAGAAGUGGUUGUGUCAUACUCCGCCGGGGUCACGCGUUGCUACACAAAUACAAGCCCUACAGCGAUAGCACGGAGCCCACGUUUUCAUCACUUUUUCAUCCGUUAGAAAAGAAAAAAUAAAAUCCGUUCUGAAUGAUAACUACAGUCAGCUACGAAGCACCGAAGCACAAUUUUCUAGUCUUAUUUAUUCUAAAUGUCUGAGAAAUCUCAGCUAGAAAAUGUUCACCUAAAUCUCCCAUGCAUUAUGGUAAAAUUGGCGGCCAACGAGACAUUGUUUGGGCACAUCACUAUUGGAGACAAUACCUCGUGACGUUACUCUUCUACGACGUACUAUUGACAUGAACCCCUUGCACAGAAUGCCCUUAGUUUCAUGACAAUGAAAGUGCACAUUGACUACUCUUGCGUAUCACAGAAGACCAAAGACCAGACCACAGUGAGGGCGCCCUGUGCGAGGGGUCUAUAGGCACAUGUAAACGUGUAGCGGUGGGAUACCAUUCUCUGUCGCAAGAUCCGACUAGAGUGGGGAUAUGAACAUUUUUAAUUGCUUCCAGGCGUCUGGAAUGCCCUUAAUAGUCGCCAGCGAUAUAUCAUGUCUGUUUACUAAUAAGACUCAGAAGAAAUCGAGUAUCGUUUUGCCCUUGUUUACAAAAUAACCAAUUUAUUUGGAGCAAAAUGUUUAUAUAUUGAUAUUUGGAGUCAUGUAGGAUUCUCCAAGAAUAUAUUAAAGGAUUCAGUAAAUUCCCUUGAAAUGGGAUCAUCAUAGGAUCAAUUAGGGAACGUUCCUGUACUGACGGAAAAUAACAGACGAUUUCGAAGAGGCCACUGUUAUUUUGUGGGAUAAUCACUGAAAUUCGAUUUUCAGCCAAUCCAUUCACAGUUUCGAGAAAAAAAAUAUCGAAAUUUGUAAACAUUGAUUAAUCUGAAUGGCCCCUAAAAUCUGUGAACAUCCAAAAAACAAUAUCAAUUUGCAGAUUGUGUGUAAAAUUAAUUAUAACAACAGAACUGAAUUGUAUUGUUCAUAUACCUUGGCUCAACAGAGAUUGCAUUUGGUGAUUAUCAAAAGA